AUGGUUCUCGUUCAUGCUUCCCACGGCUCCUGCUCGCUUUCGUCGCUUUCAUUGGGCGUCUACUCACAGCUGGUACCGCCCACCCCAUACCACGAUGAUUACAUGUCCCAGCCCCAAGAGCUCGAACUAUGGGAACAAGAUUCACAAUAUGCCCCUACCCCGGGAAAUUUCCGCAGCCCUUAUGCUAGACAGUCCGACUGUAGUCCCUCGCCGUCUAUCUCGCUCGAAGAUGAACCCAACCCCGCAGGCCGACCUCAACCAAAUACUAUACCUCUGAUGCAGGAAUCUGAGUGGGAUGCGGAUAAGAUCUACGACGAGGAUCCGCCAAGCUGUAUCCACUACUUCAUAGAAUGGCGUGUCACCCUCAACAACAAGGCCGUGGUAAAGGACACGGAAGAAGACCUGGUAUUGGCCCCAAGCGCCUACUGGCGGUUGUUCUUGGAAAAGAAGCUACAAACCGUCCUUCGAGAGAAAAUCACCCGCAAUAAGAGGGUCAGGGUGGAUGACACGGCGAUUGUUGUGGCAGUUAAUGAUCGUUCCCAACGUGAUUUGACUAAGCGCUUCAACAAGACCGAAAUUGUUUGGGCUUCAAUCGAGAAACAGUUGCGGGUGUGGUCGAGUCAUUUCUGUCGUGGAAAGAGACUCACGCUGAGGGUCUGUUUCAACUAUGUAGAGGAUUGCACUUCUUCAUCCACUGGACGGAAAGGGGACAAGAGAGGUAAAUCUUCCGUCACACGAAAGAUGCUUGAUGAUCGAGAUGCCCAGCUAGAUGCUGAAGAAAAUGCAUGCGGCCAGCAAUCAAUUUGGCGCCGAGUCUAUGACUUGAUGAAAUGUGAUUCGGCUGCUUGCCACUUAGGACCGUACUGUUGGCUGGAUCCAAUGGGGAAAAAGCACUAUCGACUCCGAACGCAAACUCUUAGGCGUUUGGUCACUUACGCCGAGAAAGGUGGUGUCCUGGAGACGCACAAAGACGUUCCAGAUGAAAUCCGGGAUGAGCUCUACAUGGAGGAGCAGCAGAGGCAGGAGAAAGAAAAGCGCAAAGGUGGUGACAUUCUUCGGGGUGGAUCGCCGUACCCACCCAUCAACAUCAAUGUUCACUCGUCCCAUCCCACUGAAUCGGCCACUAGCUUGGGUGAUGCCACGGGGCUGAGAGCUGUGGGUCCAUUGAAGAUUCCCGGGUUCAAAGACGUAGCUGUCAAAGAAUACGGUGAGUGGCUUGCAUCGAAUGUAACCGAUGAUACCCUCAAAGCUGGAUUUCGACAAGCGUGUCAGAUAACGCUGUCAGAUGGCUUUGAACUUGAACACAUUUACAAGGAUCAAAACCCAGAAUUCUUCGUCGGCAAAGGGGUCAAGCCCGGAAUUGCCCGGAGUUUUGUGGAAAAUAUUCGUGACUGGGUUGAAAACGUGAAGAAAGAGAUACCUGUUAUUGAAAUGGUAUAG